AUGGAUUGUGAGACUGGUAAAGGGAGAACCACUUUACAAGGGAAGUCUCCGGGGAAUGUUGAAGCGACGUACCCCUUCCAAAUUAUCGCGAUGGACCACAUAUCAUCUCUCCCCAAGUCACAUAAAGGAAACACGGAACUACUGAUUUGGGUUGACCUGUUCACAGGUUAUGUGAUGGCUAAAGCAAGUGCGUCACGGACAGCACAGGCAGUAGCUGAGGGAUAUGAAGAAUGCGUUUUCCGCCGUUUUGGUGCCAGUGAGACGAUCCGUCACGAUCGGGAACCGGGGUUUAUGUCGGACUUCUUCCGAGCGUUCAGUCGUAUGGUGGGUCAACGGCAGAGAGCGACCAUGGCCUACCGGCCUCAAGCGAACGGCACUGCGGAGAGAAUGGUCCAGACUCUAACAAGAUCUCUAAAGAUGUACGUAGCCGACGUGGGACAGCGAGACUGGGAUGAAUACGCGGAACGUUUAACGUUCGCGUUAAACACGGCUCAAGACAGAGUACGGGAGGAAACACCGUUCUAUCUGGUACAUGGAUGGGAUGCUAGGACCACUCUUGAGACUAUGUUACCGGUGGUGAACACUCGACGUCGAGAAUCAGGACCUCGGAGAUGGAGAUAUCGGAUUCAGAGUCACUAUCAGCGAGCAAGGGACCAAGUCAACGAGAAUUUACGGGCGGCUAGUCAGGCUCGAGUGCAAGCGAAAAAUGAAGGGGUAGUCGACCACGAGAUUCAGUCAGGGGCCCGGGUAUGGCUAUACUUAGACCGAGUGAAGGAGGGGUAUGCCAAGAAAUUGGCCCACCUAUGGCAUGGACUGUUCCGACUCCAGGAGUUAGUUGGAGAUCAUGCAGUACGUCUGGAAUCACGAGGUACAGAAUACAGACUAUUCCCAAUCGUGCACAUCUCCAAGCUCAAGCCCGUCAGAGAGUUCCCUGAUCGGCCUAACAGCGAGCUGAAGGUGGAUGGAACGGAUCGAGUUGACUUCGACGAAUGUCUGCUACCAGAAGACAGCUGGGUGCGGAAAUUGGAAGAGGGCGAGUAUGAAGUCGAAGAAAUUUUAGAGAGUCGUACAGGCAAGAAGACUCGGUAUGGAAGGCAACAACGGAAUUCCUCGUGCAAUGGAAGGGACACCCUGACCCCUCGUGGGUGGACGAAGUGGAUCUGA